UGAACAACAGGCGAUAUUUGUUCUUCCAUUUUUCUUCAGGGCAAACAAACAGAUUCCUUUGUUUUCGUCUGUUGGCCAACACUGUCACCAUAGCCUUUUUCUGCUACUGCUAYYACUACCACCACCACCAUGCUAUCGUUGCCGUUGCGAUUUCCCUCGCCGUUGUCCUCGUCUCCGCCUUGGCCCGUUCCCCAGGUGCCAGAGCAAGAGCAACCGCCAGCGCCAGUGCCUUCACCUCCACCGGCACCCGUCCAAACCCACAAAAGGCGCAAGCUGGCCAUCGCGGACUGUGGCUACGCGGGAGAAUCUUCCGAGCACUUCUCGGACCGCSUCGACAUCGUCCGGUUUGUGAUCUACGACUUUGCGGCGGCUACGAGUCCGAGCCCAAGGCCAAACCCGGGCCCACCCAUCCGGGACCACCCGCAGCAGCUCAAGCAGCACCGUCCAGGAAAGAACKGGAGACCGCCGAUCGUCUCCCCGAACCUUAGGGCCCAUGGGCACGAGUGGAAAAUCGUGGUCCUCCCGGGGGGCCUCCGUUCCUCGGUGGGCGACGAUGCUAYGUGCGUGGCCUGCUGCCUCGCCCGCCCCCGGAGGGGCUCCCGGACCGAGCACCCUUCCACCCUUGCCGCGAGAUUCGACAUCCGCUGCGGGGGGAGCCGUGGGAAUCCGCCGGCGGGAGCGACGCCCGUGUCUCCGGCCCGCGGCGGAAGCUACGGCUGGCGAAACCUCGGGGCGCGGGAGGACGUCCUCRACCACUGCCUGCAAGAGAACGGGAGCCUGGUGAUCGAGGUCGGCAUCCGCAUGGCCGCGAGCGAGACGAAGGCCGCCCCCCGCCGCCAACCCCCGGCAAGCGCGUUCGUUUCGGAGUCGUUCCUGGUGGAGCAGUACCACAGGGCCUCCGAGACCGGCGACGUGGUGCUGAUCCUGGACGACGGAAARGACCAGUGCCACGCCCACCGGCUCGUGCUCUCGUCCAGAGCCGGGGCGCUCUAUUCCAUGGUCGGAGACUGCGAAACCAACCGGAACCCAUCGGGUCAAGCGGCGCAGCAGCAAACCACUCGCGUCCCCAUUCGCGGGAUCCGGGGAGAAACGGUACGGACCUUCCUCCGGUGCAUCUAUACGGUCGAGGCACCGGACGAUGUCCUUUCGAGAGACGAGGACACCGCCAGGGAACUCCUGCUCGCUGCCCGUCGGUUCGGUGCACCGGACCUCGGGCUUCGCGCCGAGUCUUUCCUCGCGGAGAGGUUUUUGGGUCCCCACAACGCGGCGUCCCUGCUGGCCCUGGGAGAGGCAAACUCCUGUCCACGCCUCAAGGAGGCCUGCACAAAGGUGUUCUGCGACCGGCCCUUGGAGGUGAUGGGCUCUCGGGGCUGGCCCGCUGUCGUGGAGUCGAGGAGCCUCCUGGUGGAGCUCCUGGCGGCGCAGGCCGGUCUCCCUCCGGCGGUUGCCCCGAACGACUCCGCCUGCGUUCCCAGGGGGGGAGCCGCUGGGUAGAACGGCCGAACCAACGAAACGAAACGAAACGAAACAAUAUACAGUGCGCUCCUGCCGCAGCAAUCGCAAGGGAACCAAGCCAAGACUUCUCACGGCGAAAUCAAUGGCUUGAAGGUGUGGUUUCGUUUGUUCUUCSUUUCGUGGAGUAGCCGAUGAAGACCAGUCCGUUCUUUUCGACAAUUUUUUUCAUUUCGAUGCGAUAGCAGAGCAAAAUACUGGUAGGAAAUAACAUUACGAGCCACGA